CGGCUGUGUUCAUUCCCUCUCGCUAUCAGCUCCUCUGAGCAGCGACUCGUCUGACACUAGGCGUUGCUAGUAAAACCUUCAUCAUUCGUCUGAGCCUCAGUGACGUGUAUGCCGCAUCCGUGCAUCUCAAAACGCCGUUCAUUACUCACUACUGAGUGUCAAAACCCCGUAACGGCCUCUUAUUCGAUGUUGAGGAGAUAUUCAGUCCGGAGAGUGACUUUCAGUAGCAGAUGCACUGCACUCUACAUCUCCCGUCGUCCAACCUCCCGCGGUGGAUCAGUCUGGACUCGCCCUAGCAUGGCACCUGACAAAAUUCGGUGGAUGUGCUCUUUGGCGCCAAGUGGCAGAUCGGACCUGUCAUAGUGAAUGGGUUGAACAGUCGAGAUCAACCUUCGGUGCCUGAUACGAGCGCGUGACUUCACGUCCCGGCUCUGCAGUACCGGAAUCUUGUCUACAAGUGACCGAGAGCUCGCACGGUUCUAGUUGAAUUUCAACAAGUAAUCCUUCGUGGCGACACUGAUUACCCGUCAAGAGUUGAAUCUUCCAACGAUUCUCGCAUACUAGCAAGAAAUAGGUGUGGGAUUAGUGGAUAGACUUCGGUUGUAAAGGACUGGACGCAUCUACCUGAGAGACGCCAGACAUCUCCGUGCUUCUUACCACAAUCUGAAACUGACUCAAUUCGCCGAUAGCUCAAUCGUUCGACGGAUCCGUCAGAUCUUUACCACACUAGAGACUUCAAGUAGUAAAGUGGUGGUGCAACACUUUAGCACCUCCAAGACUAGAUAGGACUAGACAGACACCGCCAUUUUCGCUUGUACUUAGGACAGGUUCACUUAAUGAAGACCCAUGGGCAGGCUGUG